AUGCUCCGUGAGCACGGGACGUUCGAGGCUCUCGAGGUCAUGGUGAAGAAGUGGCACAAGCAGAGCCUAGGAACCAAUCGAUCUGGUGGCUGGUACACGAAGCAUGUGCUGGCAAGCCAGUUCCAUUGGUCGAAGUCCAUGAUCAAUUCCGCUUGGGAAUGGGCAAGAUCUCGGAACUUGCUCCGGGUGAAUCCUAUUCACAAAGAGGAGGAGGCUAAGCUCGUCAUCAACGACAGCUUCGAGCUUUGCACGGAGACAGGCUCCGAGGUCGACAUGUCGGGCAACAUCGAAGCCCAG